GGUCAAAUCUCGGUUUUCUUGGCAGAGUUAUGGGGUUGCAGGGAAGGACUGAUUUUGCGUAGGAACGAUUUUGUGUAGGAACAAAGGGAUUAGUCACUUAGUCGUGGAGAUGGAUUCCUCGUUGGCGGUGCAAGUUAUUGAAGGAUGCAAGGAACAGGAUAGCCUAGCAGCAGUGCUGGUGGACGAUAUCCGUCGUUUGAAAGGAGGAUUUAUUGCCUUUAGCAUACAGCAUACCGUACGUGAGGGUAAUCGUGCUGCAGACUUUAUGGCUGAAAUUGGGCAUAAUCUGCCUACUGGAACCACAAUUUUUGAUUCGCCUCCACCUGGUCUCAUCACUUUCUUGGAAGAGAACACGUCGGGCGUAGCAUUCUUAGUGCUUAUUAAUGCUGGCCGUUAUGAGCGACAUAUCGCUGUAUCACCUUAUUGUCCUCGAUGUGAUGAUGCAAUUGAAAUUCCAUUGCAUCUCCUACGAGAUUGUCCAUAUGCAGUUCAGGCAAUGGCCAGCAACAUAUUUGUGCAAACAAAAGUCCCUAUUUGGAUAAGUUGGCAUCGACCGGAUCCACCUUUUUGCAAGUUGAAUACGGAUGGCUCUAGAAUGCAGGAGACAGGAUUGGCAAGUGCGGUGGAUUGUUGCGCGAUUCUUCGGGAACCUUUAUUCAAGGUUAUUGAAGGAUCCAAGGAACAGGAUAGCCUAGCAGCAAUGCUGGUGGACGAUAUCCGUCGUUUGAAAGGAGGAUUUAUUGCCUUUAGCAUACAGCAUACCCUACGUGAGGGUAAUCGUGCUACAGACUUUAUGGCUGAAAUUGGGCAUAAUUUGCCUACUGGAACCACAGUUUUUGAUUCGCCUCCACCUGGGGAUGGGGAAAUGUUGAGCUUGGGACUCAACCUGAAGAACCUGAAGAACCAAGGGUGCUCUCACUUGCUUCUCAAUGAGAAGCCUAAUCACAGCGACCGCAUGGGUGAAAGGCUCCUUCCACUUGUUUCUGUUUGGCAUAGCCUCGUACGUUAUCAGAAUUGUUCCUGCGCAUGGGGCAAGGGAUGAGUCCGGUAAGAUAAACUGCUUGCCCUCAUUGAGUUGGAUCAGUCCAGCCCAUAUUCUUUGAUCAAGUUUUUACAUGAAAUAUUUUGUCAAUUAAGGCCUUAUCAGUCUAUAGUCUGUAUAAGUUGGUAAGAGCAAAGAUGGUGCUUGAUUGCAUAACAGCACUGUUUGGUGCCCUCAUUGCAAGGGCAUACAGGGUCAAAGCUACCCUUACAUGGGGCCAUGGUUAUGGCCAUCCAAGGAAUUGUUAGAGCCAAAAACGCAAUGAGAAUUGUAUUCAAUUUGACUUUUAAUAAUAGUUAAUAAUUGUAAUUGUUAAUU